GUUGAUGGCGAUUUCAAUAUUGUUAGCAUUAUUGAGCUUGUGGACGACAAAUGCUCUGCGGCAAGUGCCAUGUUACUUUAUUUUUGGUGACUCGUUAUCAGAUAAUGGAAACAACAAUAAUCUUCCUACGUUAGCUAAAGUAAACUAUCCACCCUAUGGGAUCGAUUUUCCCCAAGGACCAACCGGAAGGUUUAGCAAUGGCCGAACCAUUCAUGAUUUUAUCGCUGAAUUUCUGGGGUUCAAUAUUUCUAUACCUCCUUUUGCCAAGUUAGUAGGGGAAAACAUUUCCAAUGGUGUGAACUAUGCAUCGGGUUCGGCAGGUAUUCGCGAUGAAACCGGAAGAAAUCUGGGUGAUAGAAUACCUUUCAACAUUCAGAUACUAAAUCACAUAUGUAUAACGUCAAGAAUUCGAUUGAGAAUGCGAAAUAAUUCAGCGACGAAUUCACUUCUAAAUCGAUGCAUUUAUUCGGUUCAAAUAGGAAGCAAUGACUAUAUCAACAAUUAUUUCAGGCCUGAAUCCUAUAACACCAGCCGACUUUUCAAUCUGUCGGAAUAUACUGAUCGGCUCCUACAACAAUUGUCAGGCCAACUUCAGACUUUGUACGAUAGGGGUGCUAGGAAGUUUGCGGUGUUCGGACUGGGGCUGCUUGGUUGCACUCCAUUCGCAAUUUCCGAGUAUGGAACCAAUGGGUCACUUUGUGUAGACAAAUUAAACGAGGCUGCAACGAUUUUCAAUGGUGGACUCAGGCCCCUCAUCGGUCAACUUAACAACCACCUACCCAAUGCUACUUUUACUUAUCUUAAUCCCUCCGGAAGUCAGGCUGAUCUUGCUACAUUCGUGUCGAAUAGUUCGUGCUGCAUAACCGGAGGCGGUGGCGGAGAGCUUUGUCUUCGUAAUUCAAAUCCAUGUAAUAGGCCAAGGCGAUUCGUAUUUUGGGACGGUGUCCAUACUACCGACGCUUGGAAUGAGCUCGUCGCCAGAAGUGCUUAUAGCACUAAUUCCACCCUCGAAGCUUCUCCGUUGAACAUUCAACAAUUAGCAAUGCGUUAAUGGUCAAGAACACUACCGC